UUGUGAUGGUAUAAUUAUCCCAACCAUGGAUAAAUGUUGACCGGGUUAACAUGGAUGAAAACAGUUAGAGGUUGAUGUGCAUGGUAACUAUGCACGGAUGAUGACAAGGUAUGAGAAGAGCUCGUACAUGGUGACCACGCGCGGGUUAGAAGAUAAAAUAUUGUACAUGACGACUGUGGACGCAAGUUAAUAGAAGAUCAGGAACUACACAGUGACCGUGGAUGUCGGGGUAGGCUUAUCCAGAGAGCAUGUCCACAGCAACCAUGGGCGCGAUCAAGUACCUUAGCCAAAGGAGCGUCCACAGCGACCCUGGACAUGGUAGUUGAAGCCUAUCCAAAUAAUCUAUGCAUGGUGUCUCUGGACAUCAUGGCAAGCUACAUGGCAACUCCGUACGACAAACUACAUCAAUGACGUCUUUUCAGAGAUACACACAAUCAACAAAGGAUCCCGCGGAUCCGGAUUAGUGAUUUGCGUAUCAAUACGAACAUGGCGACCACGUCGCCCAAAUCUUUUAUGUCUUAUUUCCUACUAUAAAAUCAUGUAAUCUUUGGAAAGCUCAAGACACUGAAUACACUACAUACAUUUAUCUCUCUAAAGAUUAUCCUGAGCACUUUAAUUAUUUUCGGCUAUCUCUUAUUAAAUAUUUUCCGGUGGAUUUACUUCCAUCAUUUUGGUGCUCUCAUUGAGAGCCGAAAAUACACUCAGGCUAUCUCAACGUUGUAACAAUGGCUACUACAAGGGCGGAGAAGGAUGUACCCGCCGAUGGACACACUGCGUCCAACUCAUCGGGUCAAGCAAGACCUGCGUAACCGACUUAGCCGCCCUGCGGUGGUUCCCGUAGAAGUGCUCGAUGUCCAUGGUGCCAUCCUAGGGAUGACCAAGAUGUUGGGUACUCUUGCGAAGGACGUACGCCGUGCAAUUCCUAGCACUCAUCAAAAGCCUCCUCAACCACACGGAACUCAAGUUCCGACUAAUCAUCCGGCGGUGGAGGUGGAGGUGACAUCACCGGCGCCAUCUCGAAAAAAUGGAGAGAAAAGAGAGGGAAGAGGAAUCCCUGUCUCUUCGAACCAACCAGCUCGAAGUGAAGCCUCAGUGUUUAGUAGAUUGGGAGACCGACGACGCUCUGCUAAAGACCGUCUCGGACGAUCGCACCAUGUUGAGAAAGAAAGGGAUACACAAAACCACCGUGGACGACAUGACCACGGCGAAGAGGAGCACGUGCAAACUCCCAAAGUCACCCAUAUGACUGCCAGUCACCAUUCACUUGGACACAUGACUGAGCAUGUCGGCGGGACUGAAAUACGUUCACAAAAACCGAGGAACACAGAAGUAGAGGACGGUGGCAGGAAACGUGUGACGAUUCAAGCAGACAGAACCAAGAAUGAUCUAAAUGACGUGGAGGUGAGGAAGCUAUGGAGAAAAAUCGAGGACCUGCAACGACAGGUAGAUGCAGGAGAUGGAAACACAGACGCUACACUAAAGACGGUAACCCCGUUCACUACACGGAUCAUGGCAUACCCGUUACCAAUUGGCUUCAAGGCGCCCCAUGUCAAGGCCUAUUCGGGAACCUCAGAUCCCCAGGAACAUUUGUCACGUUAUUAUGCUAAUAUGAUUAUGAUUGGGGCAUCAGAGGAAAUAAUUUGCCGUUGUUUUCUAGCUACGUUGGAGGGAACUGCGUGUGAGUGGUUCAAUUCUCUCCCCCAUGGCUCGAUAGAUGAAUGGGAGGACUUAGCGCAAAGGUUUCUUCAACACUUUGCCGCUAGCAAAAGAACCAAGCAACACUACUCACACCUCCUGACCGUGAAGCAAAAGAAGGGUGAGGACUUGAAAGAUUUCGUGAUACGGUGGAGGAAGGAGUCUUCUGCCGUGCAUGGGGCGGACGACCAAACUCGCUUUGCCAUGUUCCAGGCAGCGUUGCGGGCUGGAGAGUUCGCCUCAAGUCUCAUCCGGGACCCGCCAAGGUCGUACCAGGCCGCCCUUCAAAGAGCUGACCGAUACGCCGAUGCGGAGAUCCGAGAGGUGCAAAAGAAAAAGGACGAGUCAUCGGAACCUUGGAGGGAGGGGUCUGUCCCUCACCACAAAAAACAAAAGAAAAACAAGAAAGAUUUCAAUUAUGGUCCAAGGCAGAUUCUUAAUACAAGCUCGAUGCCCUUAACUCAUCCUGUGGGUACGAUCUUGGAUUAUGCCGAGCGUAUGGGUCUCAUGCAAGGACCGAGGCCGGAGGGUGAAGUGUACACUGUCUUUGGUGCUAAAAAGUAUUGCCGCUAUCACCGGGUUGAUAAUCACGACACGGAGGAGUGCUUUACCUUGAAACGCGAGAUUGAAAGACUGAUCCAAAGGGGCCAUCUGAGUAACUUCGUCAAAGGGGCUGCACAGCAGCCCAACCAUGUAUGGCGGAAAUCAUCAGAACAAGUGGCAUGCACGCAGCCGGAGACCCGAAGGGUAGAGAAAAGACACAUUGGAAAUGAGAGUGACGAGGAUGCCUCGGAUGAGCCAGGGCCGAAGCGAGACAAGAGGAACCAUGACAUCAAUUUCAUUUAUGGAGGUAAUGCAGGCGGGGACUCUUUGUCCCUUCGAAAGAAAUGGGCUCGUCAACUGUACAUUGGUGAGAUCAUGCACUCUCCAAUGAAAAAGAAGGUACGACGUGAACCUAUAUGCUUUACUGAUGAUGACCUACCACCAUGUCCAAGCCCACAUCGGGAUGCCAUGGUUAUCAAAAUGGAGAUCAAUGAUCUUGUCAUACACCGUACCCUGGUCGACACUGGAAGCUCCGUUAACAUAAUGUACCUCGACACUUUCGAGAAACUGAAGUUGUCCAAAGGAAAACUCCAUCCGAUAAAAACCCCAUUAUCUGGGUUCACGGGUGACUCUAUCGAGGCAGAGGGAGUUGUCACGGUCCCGGUGGAGGUGGGGGACACGUCCCAUAAAGUGAAACUCAACAUGGAGUUCGUAGUUGUCCGACUGACAUGUGCACAUAAUCUCAUACUCGGACGGCCAGGCCUGGAAGAUUUGCAGUGCAUUGUGUCCCCGGCACAUCUUUGUAUUAAGUUCCCAACACCAACCGGAGUGGGGAUAGCACGCGGGAGCCAGAAGCUCGCCCGAACAUGCUACAUAAAAAUCACAAAGAAGGUGGGGCGGCAUGGCCUCCAGGUAAACACUGUGGCCACACAAUACCUACAAGAUGAAGAGCGAAGACCCCGUGCUGAACCAUCAGAAGGGACAGAAGACGUCACCCUUGACCCUGCAACCCCAGAGCGCAAGGUUAAGAUAGGCACCGGAUUGUCAGCUGAGCUCCGCGCUGAGGUCAUAACCGUCCUGACUAUGUACCAAGGCAUAUUUGCAAGAGGACCAGAGGACAUGCCGGGCAUCAGUAGAGAUGUCAUCUCUCAUCGCCUAGAUGUGAACACUAUGUCAAAUCCGGUGAAACAAAAGAAACGUUACAUGUCCUCGGACAGGCGGGAAUUCGUAAGGAAAGAAGUGGGCACCUUGUUAAAAAUCGGCCACAUCAAGGAGGUAAAAUACCCAGAAUGGUUGGCAAAUGUGGUAUUGGCACCUAAACCCCCAACGUGGAGGAUGUGUGUGGAUUACACUGACCUAAACAAGGCAUGCCCGAUGGAUCCAUUCCUAUUGCCUAACAUCGACCAAUUGGUGGACGAGACAGCAGGGUGCGAGUUGAUGAGUUUCAUUGAUGCUUUCAGUGGAUACCACCAAAUUCGCAUGCAUGAGGAGGAUGCGGAGAAAACCUCAUUCAUGACUCCAGAGGGUGUUUUCUGUUACUUAGUCAUGGCGUUUGGACUGAAAAACUCUGGGGCAACGUACACUCGCAUGAUCUCUAAACUUUUUCGACCUGUCCUAGGCCGCACCAUGGAGGCCUACGUGGAUGAUAUGAUUGUGAAGAGUAAAAGAGCAGGUACGCAUGCCGUGGAUUUGGCAGAGGUGUUCAAAAUCAUGGAGAAGUUCAAUCUUCGUCUCAAGAUACGGUGUGAUUCAAAACUAGUGGUUGGACAGAUCACGACUGAGUUUGAGGCGAAGGAAGAACGGAUGCGGCUAUAUCGUGACGCUGCCCUAGAACUUUUGAAAUUGUUCAUCGCCUAUGAAAUUGAACAGAUACCAAGAGCCCAAAAUGUCGAAGCAGACAUGUUAUCCAAACUAAGUGCAGAGACACCGGAAAGGAUUUCAAAGAUUGCGAGAAUAGAAGAGUUGGACACUUCCAGCAUAUAUGCAUGCCCUGUCCAGGCCAUAACCACGAGGGACGCGGACUGGAUUGACUCCCUCAUCAAGUAUAUCAACGAGGGAGUGCUGCCCGCGGAGGAGGUUGAAGCCAAGGUGACUAAGAUGAGGGCGCCGAGUUAUACCAUUUUGAAUGAGAAACUGUACAAGAGGUCUUACAAUGGCACGCUUCUCAAGUGCUUACGACCAGAUGAAGCCAAGGUUGCCAUGGAAGAGAUACAUGCAGGGAUAUGCUCAGCUCACCAAGGAGCACACACCAUGUCCCGAAAGGUAAUCCUACAAGGUUUCUUCUGGCCAACCAUAGUUAAGGAUUGCGCUGAAUUUGUCAAGAGGUGUGUGGUGUGUCAAGAGUUCCAGAAAUCUCCGGGACGUCCAGCCACCAACUACACCCCCAUCAGCACGGCUAUACCUUUCGCAAGGUGGGGGAUAGAUCUCAUUGGUGCCUUACCAAGGGGAACAGGGAGCGUGAGAUGGGUUAUCGUUGCCAUAGACUAUUUUACUAAAUGGAUAGAAGCAGUACCCCUAGCUAGCAUCACUGAAGGGCAAUGCAGAAAAUUUGUCAUGAAGCACAUCCUUUGUCGCUUUGGAGUACCCCAACAGAUUAUAACCGAUAAUGGGAGGCAAUUCGGAGCAUCCGGGUUUAACGAAUUCUGUGAGAGUUGGGGGAUCAAACAUAGCAAUGCGUCAGUUGCCUAUCCCCAAGCGAAUGGCCAAGUGGAGAAUGCAAACCGCACGAUCAUGGACGGUUUGAAGAAAAAACUGGAAACUGCCGGAGGGGAGUGGGCUGAAGAACUACCACAGAUACUCUGGGCAUACAGGACCACACCAAGAAAGGCCACAGGGGAGACACCAUUCGCCUUGACAUAUGGUUUCGAGGCGAGGGCACCUGCGGAAGUAAUUCUCCAUAGCCGCCGAGAAGAGGAAUAUGACCCCGAGACGAACGAGGAGGUCAUGGCGACCGAGCUUCUUUUUAUUGAAGAAAGAAGGGAAGCGGCUUUCUGUCGUGCGGAGAACUAUAGAAGGCAGGUGAAGGGAUACCAUGAUUCUCGAGUUCGCAAACGCAACUUUGAAGUUGGGGACUAUGUCUUGAGAAAAAGGGAGGUCAGCAAACCCUUGGAAGGGGGGAAAUUUGCCAAAAAUUAUGAAGGCCCUUACGUGAUUAAAUCAGUGAUCCGUCCAGGGACGUUCAAACUCCAGACACCGAAGGGAAAAGAAAUUGAGAGGACUUGGAACGCAGAACACUUGCUCAAGUUCUACCAUUGAAAAUUUAUCACUGAUACUCCACCUGAUGAUUAUGAUGUAUGGUAACCACGUAUGGUGGUAAACGCGGUCCUUUU